AUGAGUAGUACCAUUUUUUAUCGUUUCAAAUCACAACGUGAAACAUCCAGAAUACUUUUUGACGGGACAGGUCUGACAGUGUUUGAUCUGAAAAGAGAAAUUAUUCAAGAGAGUAGAUUAGGUGAUGGUUCCGACUUCCAAUUACGUCUAUACAAUCCCGAUACAGGUGAAGAAUACGAAGAUGAUCAAGAGGUUAUUGCCAGAUCCACUAGUGUGAUAGCUAGAAGGUCGCCGGCUUUGAAGAAUUCAUCCAUCCAUGCAAGAAAUAAAGGGACUGGUGCCAAUUUGAACCAGCUGGCCACUGUGGGGAACGCUAUGAGGUAUGUAACGGGUAAACCAAGAGUGUUUCAAAACAGGAGGCAAACGGCGGGUGGGGCAACUACCGCUGCUGCUGGUAUACAGAAUAAUACUCAGAAUGUUAGUGGUAUUACUGAAGAAGAACGUAUUGCAAAUAUGUUUGCCAACCAGGAAAAUCAAUGGGAGCAAACUCAACAAGAGAUGUCAGGAGCCACACCUGUGUUUUUCAAAGCUCAAAAUAAUUCGGCAGCUAUGGAUAAUGAGGGGCCACCACCACCUGGUUAUAUGUGUUAUAGAUGUGGUGCAAAAGAUCAUUGGAUUAAAAAUUGUCCGACUAACACGGAUCCAAAUUUUGAAGGUAAGAGAAUAAGAAGGACUACAGGUAUUCCUAAGAAAUUCUUAAAGACGGUUGAAAUUGAUCCUGAUACAAUAACUGCUGAGGAAAUGGCGCAACGAAAGAUUAUGGUGACAGAUGAAGGUAAGUUUGUUGUUCAAGUGGCAGAUCAGCAAUCAUGGGAAGAUUAUCAAAGGAAACAACAGAAUCGUUUGGUUAAUGGUGCUGAUGCGAUAUGGCAAAAGGGUCAUUUCCAAGAUUUACCAGAGUCAUUAACAUGUCCGUUAACGGGAGGUCUUUUAAGGAAUCCUGUAAAGACAAGCAAAUGUUGUAAUAAAUUAUUUUCCAAGACAGCUAUUGAAGAUACAUUGGUAGAAAAUGAUUUUGUUUGUCCCGAGUGUGGGAAGGAAGACAUUCUUCUGGAUUCAUUGGUGGCUGACUCUGAAGCAGAGAAAUUAGUACAAGAAUUUUUGGAAAGUCAUAAGGACCAAAAUAAUGUGGACAAGGAAGAUUCACAUCUUGACAAGAAACAAAAGAUAAGUGAGAAGCCCAUGAUGCCGCCAAUGCCUCCAAUGCCCGUACCGCCAGUACCCUUUCCACCCUUUCCCAUGUUCCCAAUGCCUUUUAUGCCUGCGCCUGCGCCUGUGCCUGUACCUGCACCUGCACCUCCAUCUCUCAAUUCGAAACCAACUGCAGAAGUGCCAAAUAGCACCACUAAGGAAUAG